UUUUACUUUAAUCACCGUCAAGUUUUAUAUAAAUUCCAAAGAAAUCAAAACCUUUUAAUUAUAUCCAAAGUGCAAAUAAUCAAGCAUCUGCAAUUUCUCGCCUACCUCCAUGGAAACACCAAGCACGCAAGAACCAACCUGGCCUGAAAUCCUCGGUAGCAAAAACUGGGAAAACCUCCUCGACCCUCUUGACCUCACCGUCCGGAAACUCAUUCUCCGCUGCGGCGACUUCUGCCAGGCCACCUAUGAUUCCUUCAACAACGACGAGAACUCCAAGUACUGCGGUACAAGCCGCUACGGCAAGAAAGACUUCUUUCAAAAGGUGAUGCUGGAGGACGCUGCAAACUAUCAAGUCUGUUCUUUCAUCUACGGGACAGCUCGCGUCAGCCUCCCAGAAGCCAUCCUUCUCCACUCUAUGACCCGGGAUUCCUGGGACCGCGAAUCUAACUGGAUUGGCUACAUCGCUGUUACCUCUGACGAGUAUACCAAAGUGAUUGGGCGACGUGAAAUCUAUAUAGCGUUUCGUGGAACUACCAGAAACUAUGAGUGGGUUAACAUUUUAGGUGCGAAGCUCGAGUCUGCUGAACCAUUGUUACGGGGCAGUAGCCAAAAUGUUGAAGAGGCUAAUAGUGGCAGCGACAGUGACAACGAAGAUAAUAGGAAAGUCCCUAAGGUGAUGCUAGGUUGGCUUACGAUUUAUAUUUCGGAUAACCCAGAAUCGCCUUUCACGAAAUUAAGUGCCAGGCAGCAGCUUGUGACCAAGAUUAAUCAGUUGAAAGAGCAAUAUCGAGAUGAAAAUCUUAGCAUAAUCUUAACAGGGCAUAGCCUUGGUGCUACUUUAUCAAUUUUAGCUGCUUUUGAUCUAGUGGAAAAUGGUAUUACCGAUAUCCCAGUAGCUGCUUUUGUCUUUGGCAGCCCACAAGUUGGAAACAAAGCCUUCAAUUCCAGGCUCAACAAGUAUCCAAAUCUUAAAGUUUUGCAUAUAAAGAACAAGAUUGAUGUCAUUCCACACUAUCCAGGAAGACUUUUGGGCUACAGAUAUACAGGAACUGAGCUUGAAAUUGAUACUAGGAAAUCCCCGAACCUAAAGGACUCGAAGCAUACUGGUGACUGGCAUAAUUUGCAGGCGAUGUUGCAUAUAGUGGCAGGGUGGAACGGUGAGAAAGGAGAGUUCAUGCUGAGAGUGAAGAGAAGCUUGGCUUUGGUGAACAAGUCAUGUGAGUUCUUGAAAGAUGAGUGCAUGGUGCCAGGAUCAUGGUGGAUAGAGAAGAACAAAGGGAUGGUCAGAGGAGAAGACGGAGAAUGGACGAUGGCUUCUCCGGACGAGGAGGACCAGCCUGUACCUGAAUUUUGAUUGCCAAGAGAGCGUUUGCGUGGUUGCGUUGUCUUGUUGGUUCCCUUCCCCCACCACCCCUUCUCCCCCACACCAACCCCCCCCCCCCCUCCCCCCUCUCUCUGUUAUUUAAUGAAUAUAAAGGUUUCAUUAUGACUAUUAAUUAUGAUGAAUUUCAUCAUAAUCAAUUACUAUGAUUAAAUUGUUAUAUGUAUAAUAUUAUGUCUUUGUGUCAAUUUUCCUUUUUUAGUGUCAUUGUGCCUCUUGUGUCAUCUAUGAUCUGAUUUAUACAAUGUACUUUUUUUGUUUUAAUAAAAUAAAAUAAAUCAAUUAUUAUUAUAUUUUUAUUUUAA